AUGGGUGGCGACGUAGAGAAGCUCGUCAACGACUUAGGCAUCCAAUUUAUCCAUAGCACACCCUACUACGCUAAAUCCAACGGCCAAGCGGAGGCCAGUAACAAGAUUAUUAUCACCCUCCUGAAGAAGAUGCUUGAUGAAAACCCUCGCCAAUGGCACGACACAUUGUAUGAAACGUUAUGGGCUUAUCGCACUUCCAAGCGGAAUCCUACAGCCACAACGCCCUAUGCGCUCAUGUUUGGUCACGAUGCAGUUUUGCCUUUGGAACUCAAUGUUCAAUCUCUGCGCGUCCAAGAUCAACAUCAUCUGAUCGGCAAAGAUUAUGUCCAGGCUAUGUGGCAAGAGCAUGAAGACCUUAGCAAGAAGCGCUUAGAGGCGUUGGACAACUUAGUGAUGGAAAAGCAACGCAUAGCUCGCGCCUACGAUAAGAGGACGCGUGGUCGCAGUUACAAGGAAGGUGAGCUCGUUUGGAAGGCAGUCCUUCCAUUUGGUGAAAAGUUGACUGGCCGCUGUAAAUGGAAUCCUCGCUGGGAAGGACCUUUUGUUAUUCACAGAAUUCUGGAACGCGGGGCUUUUCACCUCAAAGAUUUGGAUGGCGACCUCCACCGCAACCCCAUUAACGGCAGGUUCCUGAAGAAGUAUUACCCCAGUGUCUGGGAAUAUGAAGACCCACUAGAUCAGCCUGUUCUUGGGACAGGGGGGCAAACAUAG